GAGAGAGAGAGAGAGAGAGAGAGAGAGAGAGAGAGAGAGAGAGAGAGAGAGAGAGAGAGAGAGAGAGAGAGAGAGAGAGAGAGGGUGGGGGGGGGCUGUAGUGUUUAGACGCUCUGAGGUGCUUUAUGAUGGGCAAAGCUGGAGGCUUCGCGUCCUGCAGGGUGAGGACUUGGAAGAGGAGACACUCGAGCGAUCGUUCUCGUUCUUUUCCAGCGAGCUCGGGUCGUCUAGCUAUACACCACCGCCUUCUCCCCCUCCUCCUUCUCCUCCUCUUCUUGUCGCUCUCUGUCACUCACUGCGUAUGUCAGUCUAGCUUAUCCGCUUUCCGUCAUCCCGACAAUCAAGCACAAGAUUCUCUUCUUGACCAUCCCGAUCUUUACCCCGAGACCCGGUCUCGACAGCUAUCAGAGGCGUCGGGAUCGCAAACUGCGAGUAAUUACACUAGUAAAUGCAGUCCGGACUUCGCCGAUGGUCAAGAUGGGAGUGCUGGCACGGAUGGGCUUGCGGCACGGCAGGAGAAGCUGGAGAGCGAGCAAGGGGAGGAGGAUUAUGGGAGAAAGAGGUACUACGUUCCAGAUGGAGCAAAGGAUAUGGCAGGAGUUGCGAUCCCGACCGGCGGGAGGAUGAAAGGUGGUUGUGAGAUGGAGGGUGGACACGUUUCUUCUCCCGCCACCACUAAGGCAUGGGGGCGGGUAAUGUGGACAAUCCCCCAAGCCCGAGUCAUGAUGACAGGCCCGGCUACUGCUUCGGUGAACGUCACGUCGUCAGGCCCAUCACCGCAGAGGCACUCGUGCAGAGCUGGUAAUCUUCAAUUACGAGCUGGGGUCGGGACGAAGCUGCCGGAAUUGAGACCCAGCCGAAAGAUAAUCAUCGCAUCCAUUUUGUCUAUUAUCGCUGCCGCUUUGGCGAAUGUAGGUGGUGUUGGAGGAGGGGGUCUCUUUGUACCCAUGUUUAAUCUUUUGCUUGGGUUUGAUGCGAAGACAUCUGUGCCGCUAUCAAAGGGCUGUCGGUGGCAGUUAGGGUUGGCUUACCUCUACUACGAGGGAUUUGAGUCUGAGCAUGCUCCCAGCAGGCGGAGCGCUACCGGGAGCGCUCCGCCGCCCGGCAUUUGGACGCGAUGGCGGGCCUUGCGGAGAGGGCGGAACGAGGAGCGGCGGGAGCACUGCGAUGGCAAGAUUGACGCGAGGAGGAGGCAGGCGGACGAGACGGCGGGCCUUGCGGAGAGGGCAGGAACGAGGAGCGGUGGGAGCGCUGCGACGGUAGUGACGCCAGUGCCGAGCGGCAUAAACUACUGCGAGAACCUCACGUUCAUUAGCAGUGUAGUUUAUCUCGGCGGGCAGGAGCUGACGGGAGUAGAAGGCUAUCGGACAAUCACCGGAGCGAGACUCGACAGUGCCAUCCUCGGCGAUGGUAGGAGAAUAGUCAAUAGAAGGCUCCUCAUCGGAACGAGGCAUGGGGUAGCUGUUCUUAACCGUGUAGCGGUUGAGGCUGCGAUAGUCGAUGCAGAGACGAAGAGUUUCAUCCGCUUUGCGAGCAAAGAGGACGGGUGCACCCCACCCCCACGGGGAGUUGCUGGGUUUAAUGAAACCCAGUCUCAGGAGCUCCUCAAGCUGACGCUUGAGUUCGGUGGCCUCGGGGAUCGAGAGUCUGUAGGGUGCCUGGUGGUGAACACGAUAGUCAGGCACGAGCUGAAUGGAGUGCUCGACGUCACGCAUYGGUGGGAUGCCGGCGUAYGAGAACGACGAUGGGAAAACGUCGUGGUACUCUCGGAUGAGGUCACGAACUGCGGGCUCCAAGUCAACCGUAUAUCGUGCGAGUUCCUCAGCGUCAGCAUCAGCGCGCGAGUGGACUCGACGGACGGCGGAGGGACUGAGGUAGAGAUGGGAGCCAUGGAGAUAGAGGGAGGAUCUGGCUCCAGAGGGAUGAGCUCGGCAUCGGGACAGGCAAUGAUUCUUGGGGGAGCAAUUGUGAGCUUUCUCUAUAACAAGCGAGUGCACCAUCCGAUCUACAAGGACAGGCCUGUCAUCAACUACGAUGUGGCUGUGUUGCUUCAGCCCAUGCUCCUGUUGGGGAUUAGCGUUGGGGUCUUCUGCAACAUCAUUUUCCCAUCUUGGCUGGUCGUUCUGAUGCUCACCAUCUUGCUCACAUAUGUUUCCCGCCGUACUUUCCGGAAUGGUCUCAAGAAGUGGCAUAAUGAAACGAAAGAGUUUGAGGUGGGGAAGCAGAGAAAAUAUGAUGCAAAGGUACAUGACUUUGGUCCAAGAUUGCGAGAGUUCGAGUUUGGUGUUGAGAUGGGAAACAUGGAUACAAAAUCAAAAGACAUUAUGGAUGAUGGUGGAGGCGUCACUAAUGAGGCCAAUAUGCUAGCAGAGAAUGCUGAUGCACACGAUCGUCUUCUUCCGAGUCCUCAUUCCUCAACCGAGGUGGAGGAUGUAUUGCCAAAGAUUGAGUUUCCUUGGAAGAAUAUUUGGAUCCUUGCUGCUGUCUGGGUCACAUUUCUAACAAUUCAGAUUCUAAAGAGUGGCAGGUUUUGUGUCGGAGAUGACUAUAUGGUAACGCCCUGUGGAAAAGGUUACUGGACAAUAACAGUCUCGCAGAUACCUUUGGCAUUGGGGCUCACACUACUGGCUGUGAGAAUGCUCUCUGAUCAGCAAUCGCUACCAGAGUCGAUGAAGCAAAGUGCUACUAGUUACAUGCUUGCAGAAGUGAAAAGUCUCAAGCAGGGUUUAGCCGCAAACCGACAUACCAGGGAGGCACAUGCAGGGUUGGGACGGAGGGAGUUUUGUAUACUACCAUGCUUUGCGUGUCUGGCCGGGAUUCUGGGUGGUCUUCUGGGAAUUGGUGGGGGAAUGAUUAUUUCUCCGAUGCUGCUUGAGCUGGGGUAUGAACCAAAGGUGACAACGUCAACCAGCAUGUUUAUGGUGCUUUUCGCUUCCUCCAUGUCUGUUGCAGAGUACGGCCUCCUUGGCAGGAUACCAGUGGAUUUCGGUGUGUACUUCGCAAUUCUAUGUGCAUUUGCUGCCUGGAUCGGAAAUGCUGCACUCUCAAAGGUCGUCAAGCGAUGGGGGCGGGUAUCGGUGAUUGUAUUUAUCACAGCUGCAGUUAUCUUUUGCAGUAGCAUGAUAAUGGGAGUCUUUGGCGGGUUGGAGGUGCUUGACAUGUACAAGCACGGAGAGUACAUGGGAUUUAAUGAUGUCUGCAGCACCUAAGUCGUCCAGCCCGAGGGUAUCCAUGAGCGGAGGGCAAGGCAUCCCCGAAACUGCUUCAUGCGGUGGUGUAUUUUCCUAAAUGGUCACGAAGUGACUUGUAAAAGUAACCGCAGCAAAGAUUCUUGAAUAUGACGGACCUAUUGGGUUCGUCUUCUCAGAUUGGUCUGUACUCUGUACUCACGGAUGGGGACAACAGCUUAGCCAGGUUCUUCUUGUGGUGGACCAAUGCAAGAUGCGUUCAGUCAUGUGGGCGAAAAAGUCUCUGCUACGGAAGACUGCAGCUCAGCAGGAAACAGAUUUACAAGCCAGAGCAUCA